CCCUUUUCAGACGUCUGCAAUGUUAAGUGCAAACCUGUGUACUCUUUGACAACACUCGAUGAUCGGACAAAUGGAUCACAGAAAACAGCAUGUCCCUCAGCUCAGCAAUGCAAUGCAGCUGAAUAUAAUGAACUUGGUAAAGUCUGGGAAAAUGAGUAUUGAUGAAGCUCUGAAUCAGGCGAGAAGCGGCAAAAUGCACAAACAGAAGAACUUUGAGAUCGAGGAAAAAGAGCCGUCGCAGUAUAACUUCAGUGUCCGCAAGUUCAACCGCUAUUUAUGGCAGAAACGAGUUUUGCAGAUUGAUUUCAGCACAAGACUGUUGUGCAGCAUCGAGAAAGGCAUCGUCAAGCGGCAGCUCCUUUUUUCGGACGUGAAAAAUUGCCAUGAUGCUCCAGGUACCAGGUUCUCCAUUUCCUUCAGAGGGCGACCUGACUAUGAGCUGGAAGCUGCGUCUUUGGAGGACAAGCAGAAGAUCACGCAGCUGGUGAAUCAGAUCAUCUACAAUAACAUAUACAGCCCACCUGAGAAUGGCACGCUGGAUGUAGAAACCUCAAACUUACCUCCAGACAACCUUAAAGAGGGUCACCUUUUACUGCAGAGGGGAGGACUGGCGUCGUUCAAAUGGAAGAAAUACGAAGCUCAUCUGCAGACGGGUCAGCUGACCCUGUAUCCCAUCGCUCAUCAACCUGCCAGCAGUAAUGCAGACACCUCCAGCGAGUACAUUUGGCAGAUCUCAGACAUUUAUGACAGUGUGGAGGGCGUCAGGUGUGCUGGGGGCGACGGGACGGCUCUUAUCAUCCAUCUCUCGGAUGGUAUGGUCAGGGUGGACACCCCCUGCACCAUUGACACCUUCAUGCUGCGCAACGACAAGAAUGAUUUCCUGUUUCGGAUCCCGAAAAGCGAGCACAUGACCACCCCAGAGGCCUUAAUGAAUGAGCGAGAUUCCUGGAUGAAAGCCAUCAGAGAACUGUGUGUGGACUGGAAACGAAAAUCACAAUUUGAAGACUUCUACGAAGCCCCUGACAGUGACUUUAUCAAUGUAACCGAGCCAGAAAGUAAGACUCAGAACAACCAUGAGCCUCCACCGGUGCCGCCUUCACAGAGACCACGAUUACCCAGAACACCCACAGCUGUGCACCCAGCCCUACCAACAACACCAGAGCCGCUGGAACCACUGGAGGCACCAAAACCACCUCGAAAGCCAAACCGCUCCACAUUCUGCAGAUCUGUAGCACUGCCCUUAACACCACCGGCGGCUGCAUGUUCAACAUCGCCUCCCACUUUGCCAAUUUUGUUGCCUCCGGCAUCACCUGUAGCAUCAGGAGCAGUGCUAGGGCCUGCAUCGCCUGUACCGUCUGCCCCGCCUGCCCCGCCUGCCCCCCCUGCUCCUUUGCCCCCUCCACUGCCCAUCAAAUCCAAUCAGCUUUCAGAGAGGACAAAGGCUUUUCACUGGGACCUGGUGGCUCAGGAUAAGAUUGAGAAGUCAAUGUGGUCCCGCAGAAGCCUCAGGAAGAUUGAAAUUGACACCUUGCGCCUGUUCGAGCUGUUUGGAGUAAAAGAGACGGUCAACAGUGGCAGCUUGGAGUCCAACAGUACUAUAGAAAUCAUGCUGAAUUCAAAGAUCGCCCACAAUUUCAAUAUUUUCCUGAAAAGUUUCCCCGUGCAACCAAAAGAGCUGAAGGACAAACUGUUGAUUAUAAAUGAAGAGGAAGGCGGUCUCUCUGAUGAACACAUCACCUCUCUCAGGAGAUACGUGCCCACUCCGGAUGACGUGGAGAUGUAUAAAUCACAUAAAGGAGACUCAGCUGAGCUGCACGUGGUGGAUCAGUACAUGAUGGAGAUGUGCAACAUCCCGAACCUCAGCGCUCACCUGGACCUGCUGCUCACCAUGCGAGAGCUGCCCAUCAGCAUGGAGGACCUGGCGCCGCUGAUUAUCCAGAAGAUCCACAUGUGCCAGCAGCUGUGGGCUUGCGAGUCAUUUGUCAGCGUGCUGGAGUACCUGCUGGCUGUGGGCAAUUACCUCAACCAGAACGCAGGCAAGGACAGGGCCAAGGGAUUUCGCCUCUCAUCCUUAACUAAGAUUUCUCAGCUACGCGGCAACAACCGUAAGUUCACCUUGCUGCAUGCCCUUGUGGAGCAGAUCAUGUUGCGAGACCCACGUUUGGCCACCUUUUUCCUGGAGCUUGCAGAAUUCGAGACAGUUCCCGGUGCUUCGGUUAAAGGUCUGACAGCGGAGGUGGACGUUGUGAGGAAUGAAUUUCAGAAGGUCAUCCAGUACAGGAAGGCACAUAAACGGAAAAACAUGGGCAAUCAGCAAAUCAAGUUCUUCCAGGACAUGAAGACGGCCAUCCAGAAACAUGAGGCCGACCUCCGACAGCUGAUGAAGAGGUGCGAGGAGAUGAGGAAGCUCUACACUGACAUAUUGGUCAAAUUCGGAGAGCCUUUGGAUCAAGACUCCCAAGAACUUUUCGGAUGGAUCUGCCAAUUUAUCAACGACUUCAAGAAAGUACACUCUGAAUACACUCAAUGAACACAAAUCUCCAUUCGGACAAGUAAAUGCUCGCAUGUGCAGAUCUAGACCUGCAUUCUCACGCAUUUCAAUCAAUUCUAAACGCCAUUUGUAGACUUAUCAGCAGCACAUGACCAAUGGGUCUCAUUCACUAAUAACUGCGUACGUUUAUCGUAUUUAUGAGCAUGUUUGAACUUCUUGUGAAAACUUUUCACCUAAUUCACAAAACAUGAGCUUGUUCUUAAAGGUCGUGUAAAGUGCUUUGAAAUGUGCGUUUUUCAGUCAGUGGUUGACAAAUCUCAAGAGUAGGUCAUAGAGUAGCUCCUCCCCUAUUUAAAGAGCAGCCAAUAGCGUUUUGCUUUAUCACCACUCUGCCAGUGAUAGUGGUUAAGAUCGAGCACAUCAAAUGUUAAGCAUCUUGAAGGGGGCGGGGCAGGUUAGAUACUUGAGAGGAUUUGAUUGGUUAUGAUUUGAUGAGAAACUGUCGUAUGAGGUGACGUGAGUAAAGCCAUUGAUCCAUUCAGGCGGAAGUGACAAACUACAAGCUUUACAUGUUUAUAUCAGUUUUAUGUGUUCUAAAUACGAAUUUUGACACUGUUUUGGAGCACACUUACUUAUAGAUAUCAUAAAAACGAACAAUACUGAUACUAAUUUAUGGAACCUUUAAACUUCUGUUGGACUGAUCUAAAUAGGGUAUAUGACGGAGUAUGCUAAUAGGAGUUUUAAUUUGCCAGUAACAUGGGUUAAGCACUUCUGGUGAACUGUAUUCCAUUACAAAAUCGGCGCAUUUAAGAUGUUUUCUUUAAAAAUCAGUGAUCUCCACUGGCUGAGAGAUACUCGGAUUGUACAAGAAGCACUGCAUUAAAUUACAUUUCCCCCUGCCAUGUCUUUAUAAUAUGAGCAUUUAUUUUACCCCAGUAUAUUCAAUGGAGCUUCUGCGCUAGCCUGCCGAUUCUGACAGGCGUGUAAGAGUAGACGGCUGUUUGUCUCGUUUUACGCUUGAGCAACUAAAUAAAUGCCAAAGUCUGUUUAA